GACAACACGACUUCACAAGUUCACAGUCUCUCUUCUUCUUUCUCUCUCUUCUUUCUCUCUCCUCCUAGUGUGUGGAUUGGUCACUCUCCGCACGUUCCUCUGCCCCCUCUCCCCGCUAAGGCAAUUAUAUCAAUAUCCUCUCCUCACUUCCUCUCUCCCUUCUUUCUCUCUCUGCAAACCAGCUUAGAUUAAGUAAGCUGAGGGCAGAGAGACCAAGACUCAACUUCUUCUUCAGUUGUUCUGCUGCUACUACUACAAAUUUCAAAUUCUCUAGCUCUCGGAAAAAUGGACAUGUACGGACUCUCAGCUCAAGACUGCUUUCGCAUCGACGACCUCCUCGACUUCUCCAACGACGAUCUCUUCUCUUCCAUCUCCCACUCCUCCGACGCCGCCGAUCUCCACCACCACAACCACCUCCCUCCGCUCCCUCCGACGGCCUCCUCUUCCUCCACAGCUCCCACCGACUUCACCAACGACCUCUGCGUCCCCCCGAGCGACGACGCGGCGGAUCUGGAGUGGCUGUCGCGGUUCGUCGACGACUCGUUCAGCGACAUUCCGACGGGAGAGAAUUACAUCGCCGGAUCCACCGCCAUUUUCCCGAACGACGCGUCGUUUUCCGUCCGAGCAAGGAGCAAGCGAUCGAGAGCACCGGCCGCCGGUGCGGCAAGCUGGACGGCUCCGACGGAGACAAUGUCGCCGAUCGCCGUCGGGAAAUCCAAGCCAAAAGGAGACUCGUCGCCGUCGACGGAAGGAGGGGUGCGCAGGUGCUCACACUGCGCAUCGGAGAAGACGCCGCAGUGGCGGACGGGCCCAAUGGGCCCAAAGACACUCUGCAACGCGUGCGGCGUGAGGUACAAAUCGGGCCGGCUCGUCCCGGAGUACAGGCCCGCGGCGAGCCCAACAUUCGUGCUGACUCAGCACUCGAACUCUCACCGGAAGGUUCUGGAACUCCGUCGACAGAAGGAGAUCCAACAACAAGAACAACAACAACAAGAAGAACGACAACAGCCACGGGAGAACCAGCCGCAGCAGCAGCAAGAGCAAUUCUAUCCUCACCAUCACGGCUUCCGAGUAUGCUGACGUGUCGCACACGUGUCGGUGUUUUACUUGCUGUCAUACAUAUCAAUGGGGGGUGAUAAUACUGGGGAACCGGGACACUUAUAACAACGAAACUAUUUAACUUUAUCCGAGUCUUGGGUUUGUUUUGAAAUUUUCCGAGCUAAAAAGUUUUCCUCUCUUUAAUUUGAAAUAUUUGGUUUCAAUAUUAAAUGCUUCAA